GAAAGUCUGCACAUUCAGUUUUGCUGGCUACAAUGCAGUGUGGCUGGCGUGAGCUGUCUCCACGAUGCGCUUCAAGCGUGUCGAUUUCGCCGUUUUAUGUUGGCGGAAACGACCUUGAAAGCAACAUGGAUCCACAAGAAAUAUGCGACAACAUCAAGGCCUUGAUUGUUCAACGAGACGUGCCCCCCGUCGUGCUGGUUUUCAAGGUGCUCCCUCGCUGCCUAGAAGAUGCUGAUGCGGAACAGAAAAUGCAAAAACGUCGCUUGCUCAACCACGAAUUGACGGCUACGCUGAAGCGCAUGCCGUGCCUGCGGAAUUUGAACCUCGAGCUUUACAGAGUUCCUUGGAAAAUCCUCCCAUGUACCUGCAAUGUACAUUGCCCCUGCUGCUCGAUGUGGCGUGUAAGCUGUGGAACAGUUGAAGAGGCAAAGAAAGGACCACUUUAUAAUAGAUUCUUUGUGACCUGGAAUGAAAAGCCACAGCCAUCGAGCUGCUGCAGUGGCGACAUCACAGUAAAAGGGCUCCCAGAAAAGCUUUUCUCAGGACAGGGGAUCAUGCUGUGCGCUCAAGCAGGUGGCACCCAUCACCACAACAUUGUCCCAGUCAGUCACACCUUGUCAUCUCUCAUCCUGUCCAGUGACGUCCUUCACAUUUCAAGGAUGAAGGUUUAG